UCUGUUGGCGCCCAAGACAAGAUAGAGAGAAUGGCUAAUGAUAAGGUGGAGAAGAACAAGGAGUUAGAAUGGGCCUUGAUACCCCCAGGAGAAGUUUCCCAAGUAGAUGGGAUUGUUCUAGAGAAGAAUAUAUGCAACAGUUGGGAUAAAAUCUGGAAUUUUGAAGCCAAGCCUGAUGACCUGCUCAUUGCUUCCUAUCCCAAAGCAGGAACUACGUGGACACAGGAAAUUGUAGAUUUGAUACAGAACAACGGAGAUAUUGAGAAGAGCAAACGGGCUCCCAUUCAUCUUCGACAACCUUUCUUGGAGUGGGUAAGAACAACAAACUCUGGAAUUGACCAGGCUAAUGCAAUGCCUUCCCCGAGGACACUGAAAACUCAUCUUCCUGUGCAACUACUACCUCCAUCCUUCUGGGAGAAAAACUGUAAGAUAAUUUAUGUGGCAAGGAAUGUCAAAGACAACAUGGUGUCCUACUACUAUUUUCAAAAGAUGAACAAAGGACUCCCAGACCCUGGAAGCUGGGAUGAGUACUUUGAAACAUUCCUGUCAGGCAAAGUGGUAUGGGGUUCCUGGUUUGAUCACGUGAAAGGCUGGUGGAAGAAGAAAGAGAGUCACCCCAUUCUCUAUCUCUUCUAUGAAGACAUGAUGAAAGACCCAAAACGUGAAAUUAGAAAAGUUAUGGAAUUCCUGGGGAAGAACCUAAAAGAAGAGGUUUUAGACAAAAUUGUCUAUAACACUUCAUUUGAUGUAAUGAAAAGGAACCCCAUGACCAACUACAUAAAUGAUGUUAAAAUGAAUCAUCGUCUUUCUCCAUUCAUGAGAAAAGGAGUCACUGGAGAUUGGAAAAAUCACUUCACUGAAGCUCAGAACAAGCAAUUAAAUGAAAACUAUGAGAAAAAUAUGGCUGACACCUCUCUGUCAUUCUGCAUGGAGCUCUAGAAAUCAGAGCAUGGAAAUAAGACCUACUCUCUCGCCAGCCUGCGUGAAGUAGAAGAGAACUCUGUUUCCAAAUACCACUAAUGGUUUACGUGACUUUAUGUAAGGGUUUUAAACAAUGACCUGGAUAUUCUUAUUCCUAAAUUUAUGAUUUACUUUUUUGGAUUAACCCCAAUGAGACUUCAUUUAUCCAGUAUCAAUAGUCAGCAUUUUCCUUCUCUCUCUGCAGAUUUUUAGUGUUUAGAUUAAUUUCAAUAUACCAACAUGUAAUAUCCUGUAUAAUAAAGAAGUAAUAU